AUGGCCAACACCAAGUACAACCUUCCCUUCCAGCUUCAGGACCCUGACUUAUUUCAUGAAGACUCGUACGUGGACGGCAAAUGGGUUCAGGCGAAGAGCGGCAACAGGUUCGCCGUCAUCGAUCCAGGCACAGAUCGACCUUGGGCGUCCUGUCCCGACAGCGCGGUAGAGGACGUUGAAACAGCCGUACAAUCUGCACACAGAGCGUUCAAAGGCUACAGAAUUCUCAAUCCCCGCAAACGAGCUCAACUGCUCUUCAAGUGGCACGAACUGAUCGUGGCCGCCAAAGAUGAUCUGGCAACCCUCCUGACGUACGAAACGGGAAAGCCAAUUCCCGAGUCCCACGGCGAGCUUGACAUGGCAUUGGGUUUUGCCUGGUGGUAUGCCGGGGAGGCCGAUCGCAUCCAGGGCACCGUAUUCACACCGUCGGCACCGAAUCGUCGAACAAUGACGAUUAAACAACCCAUCGGCGUGGUCGCUGCACUGGUCCCGUGGAACUAUCCCGUCGCCAUGAUUUUGCGCAAGGUAGCUGCUGCCUUUGCGGCCGGCUGUACCGUCGUUGUCAAGCCCAGCCCCGAAACACCUCUGACCUGCCUGGCUCUUGCCCAUCUAGCGAGUAAAGCAGGAUUUGCACCCGGUGUAUGUAAUGUUCUCACCACCAGCAACGAGAAUACGCCUGCGUUGUCCGAGACCCUGAUCACACACCCGGACAUCAAGAAGGUUACCUUCACAGGGAGUACGCGCGUGGGCAAGAUCGUCGCCUCUCUCUGCUCGAAGAACCUCAAAAAGUGUUCUCUCGAAUUGGGAGGGAACAGUCCGUACAUCGUGUUUGAUGACGCGGAUCUCAACCAAGCAGUCGAUACCCUGAUGCUACUGAAGUGGAAGCAUGCUGGUCAGUCAUGCAUCUCCGCCAACAGGAUAUAUGUCCAGACGGGAAUAUACGACAAGUUCACCCAACUAUUAGUCGAGAAGACAAAACACCUCAAAGUCGGCCAUGGCUCGCAGAGCAGUACAACGCUUGGUCCUGUCACAACGCCUCGAUCUCUAGCAAAGAUCCAAGCUCAAGUGGCCGACGCCCUACAGCAGGGGGCGAAUCUCGCUUCAGGCACUGGCAAACCUUAUGUAGGGGCAACAGAAGAAGAAGGCUCUGGGCUCGGCAAAGGCGCCGGUGGCUAUUUCAUUGACCCAAUUAUCCUUGUCAACAUGAGCCGAGACAUGCUUAUCAGCCGGGAGGAGAUCUUUGGACCAGUUGCCGCUUUGUUCAAGUUCGAAAGCGAGGACGAGGUCGUGGCAUGGGCCAAUGAGACUUCCAUGGGCCUAGCCAGCUACGCAUUCACCAAGAACGUCGAUCGUAUCUGGAGACUCUAUGAAAACUUGGAGGCAGGCAUAAUUGGAUUGAACACCGGAAGCAGCACAUCUGCGGAGGUUCCAUUUGGCGGAAUCAAAGAAAGUGGUUACGGAAAGGAGGGAGGCAAGGAUGUUGGGGUAGACGAGUACCUGUACACGAAGACUGGCACUUUGACUAUUGAGGGCCAGUAUUAG